AUGGUUUUUUCAUGGUUUCUCAAACUGUCUUUCAAAUGCCCUCAUCAUUUUGCAUGGCCUCUUGCUGCUCUGGUGUAUCCAAUGUGGGCCUCAGUACAAGCAUUCGAGACUGAUUCCAAUGCAGAAACUAAGAAUUUGAUCUCAUAUUGGAUACUUCUUUCAUUACUUUAUCUCUUUGAGUAUGCUUUUAUGAGCCUUCUUCCAUGGUUUCGGCUCUGGCUGUGCGUUAAGCUAAUGAUCAUCUUCUUGCUCACCAUACCAGACUUUGGACGAGCUUCUUAUGUUUAUAAUAACUGUAUUCGCCCCAUGAAAUUGCAAAUAGUCCAAUGGAGGUUUAAUAACUUCUGGAGGAAGUGUUUUAUUGAGAAAGAUGACUUUUUAAUGCAUGCCGAGAGAUAUAUGAGAGAAAAUGGAACUGAAGCCUUAGAGAAACUCAUUGCUAGCCAGAAUACAAUGUGUAGACCUGAUGUAGAAGUGGCAAAUGAAAUCAUAGCUACUGAUGAUAAAAAUGUGCUAAAGGUAGAGUUUUUGAUGGAGCUUGGCCUUGUGCAGACAAAUGGAGAAAGUCUCCAAAUUGAGCACCUAGACAUCAGAGAUUUGGAGGCUAUUGAGAAAAAAGAAAUUCCUUUUACCAAGCAAGAUAUUCCUGUCAUGCCUAAAGUUGGGCUAAGUCAUAAUGCAUCAUCAGCCACAGUGGAAACCAAAGGAACAGCAGAGAGUGAUAGAACUGAUAGAGACGUUCCUCAGAUUACUUCUAUACCGAAGGAAAUGCAGAAAGAGUGGACUUGUGCUUUAUGUUUGGUUACAACCACGAGCGAGAUAACCUUGAACUCCCACCUCAGUGGAAGGAGACACAGGGCUGCUGCUGAAGCUUUAAUAGCAAAGAAGCUACUUACUAUUCAGAAACAAAAGGGCGUAGAAGUGACAAAUGAAAUCAUAUUUACUGAUAAUAAAGAAAUGAUGAAGAUAAAUGGAAAUCAAAGACUUGAAAUAGACAACAAAGACAUCAAAGAUUUGGAGGCUAUUGAGAAAAAAGAAAUUCAUGCAACCAAGCAAAUCUGUGGCGUUUCCGAUAGUGUGCGAUUUUGCGGUGGUAGAUCUGCUUUGGCGGCAACGCGUUACCAGCAACGAUUUAUUUGA